GAACCACCCGUCGGCCCAGACUGCAGUGUUCUCAGUCCAAACUCUCCAGCAUUUCACUCCACUCUUAGUUGUCAUGCGCCGCAACAGAAUGCAGAGAUGGAAUGGUCUCACGUGCUCCCAUCUUCGCUAGAUGGCUAUCGUUUCGUCACUCACUCCUGCACCAAAUUAUUCGUUGGAGUCUCUUUCGAUUUGUACGUCUUUGAUUUAUUUCAUUCGUAAGUCAUUCGGCCCGAAAGUUCUUGCUCCACCGAGAGCCCCUUCUUUCCAAAGAGCAGCGGCUCGUGCAUUUCGUGAAAUCCUUGUUUUGCCAGACUUAUUCUCUACUCUCGCCGCUUUCACUGAAGGUUCUUUCGCCGGAUAUCAGAGGAUCUCCAGUCAGAAAGUUUAUAGGAAGAUGUUGAAGUUCCUGUCGAAGGUGCGCAUUGAGUUCAAUGCCUUGGACCCACGCUUAGCCUCUUCCAUGGAGUUCUUGGCCCAGUGCAAUGCACGCAAAGCCAAGGAAUCCAACCCUGCCUGCCAGGUCACGGUCAAGCGGCGGACAGACGACCACCCUCCACAGAUUACGGUCACCUUCGUUAAUGGAGUUGAGGAAACUUUUGAUGCAACUAGCACCCCAGCCCAGGACAUACGUUCCAUGAUCCUCGAGAAAGGCCAGUUCCUUGAGACCGAGCAGAUGUUCCAAGAGGCCGGCGAGAAGUGGCCUGUCGUCAUCCCUGAAGAGGAGAUUCGCAUGCCUGCUCCUGGAACCAAGCCGAGGAAAGCAGAAGAGAAGAAGCAGUGACCGGCUUUUCCCCCCUUUCAGAUGAUGGCAGCCAUCAAAGACUGCACCACUGAAUUUGAGCCUUAGAUUACAUUGUUGGACAUUAUUUUGAAUCCUGUUUCCAACUGUAUCUCUACUUCAUCAUAAAAGCUUUGUAAUUGUUGAAUUGGAAUUCCUUCAAAUAUGAAGUGAUUUUUUUACUUGCAUUGAAAUUUUGAAAA